GCAAGGGGGCGCUGCUCUGAAAGACUGUUAGUUUGUGUGUCAACGAAAAGUGAAGAAGUUAAGCAAACAUGGCGGCCCGCACACGGCUACCCUUGCUGUUCCCCAGAAACUUGUUUCCUUUUAGAAGCCAAAAGCUUGUCCACACUGACGUUUCGGUCAAGGAGCCAGCGUACCCUCCAAUAGUCCCCUCUCUAACGGCUAAAAGUAAAUCUGCGCGGCGGCGACAGAUUGAGGAACGGGUGAAGAAGAUAUGCACCUCCUCCGUGGAGGACAAGCUGGCCCUCAUCACUCGCAUCCAGCGGGAGAAAUUUGUAGUUUACCCUCAAACUUUCGCACGGAACGCAGACAGAUGGUACCAGCACUUCACUAAAACCGCGUACAUCCCGGGCCUGCCCGAGAAAUUCACCCCGGGCUUGGAGAAGACCACAGCCGCGGUUCCAGGAAUCGACGAUGAUGCGUUCGCGGACAUACGCUCCUUGGUGACCCGUGUGAUCCUGCAAGAGCACUGGCAAUUUAGGAAACGCGAGCCUUUCAUGUACAGACACCAAGAGCAGGUGGUCGGACCUUUUCUGAGGAGCCUGGUGUCUGGACUCACCUACAGUUUGGCUAAAUACAACCCACUGCUGCAGCUUUCCAGUCUGGAUCUCAGUCCCCAGGUGAACUUUUAUUGGAGGAGGGGUCAGAGAAUUAUCCCAAAGGGACAUCGGAAACGCCGUCUCGAGCCAACCAGGUUCCAGAUCGACGACCGCCCACACAGUCAGAUCAGAGUAACCCAACAGUUACCUCAGUUUAUGCCGCUGGAAGCCUCCCAUGCAGCUGAAGUUCCAGAGAUCACGCUUCGUCCCAAUGUGAUGCCGCUGUUCAGAAGACAGUACGACAACAACAUCUUCACAGGUGCAAAGCUACCAGACCCAGCGUGCUACGGUCACACUCAGUUCCACCUGGUGCCCGACCGAUACCACAGAGACCGGAUGGUUCGGCAGCAGCAGGCUGACCAAGUGGAGGUUUUCCUCAGAGCCAAUGCGCUCGCCAGCCUCUUCGCCUGGACAGGAGCUCAGGCCAUGUACCAAGGUUUCUGGAACUACGAGGAUGUCACCAGACCCUUCGUGUCCCAGGCCGUGAUCACAGACGGCCACUUCUUCUCCUUCUUCUGCUACCAGCUGAACACAGUUGCUCUCUCUGUGGAGACUGACACCAACAACCCCAGGAAAAACCUCCUGUGGGGCACAGAGAGCCUGCGACUGUACGAGAGCGUGCAGGACGGAGAGGUGGUGGGACUGAACGACGGCGUCGUCAAGCUUCUGGUUCAAUUCUUCAUGAAUCAGCCGUAGUUGGAUUGUAAGGGAAGGGGUGGAAAUCUUUAGGCAGAUUUCACUUGUGUUUUUUGUUCUCUAAAGAGCAAGAUGGGAGUGAAGUUUGCCAGUUUGUAUGAAAUGUAAUGUUGAAAAAAGAAGAAUCUGUAUUCCUGUGAAAGUAAGUACUGAAAAAAUACUGUGUACACAUCCCUGAUUAUUACAGAGGCCUGAAA